UGUGAGCUGUUUGUGUUCAUCCUUUCUAUCAAGAACAGUCUUCGUUAUAGUAAGUAUUUGAGAAUGAGUUGUUUAUUUCGAAGUGAGGAGAUGUGUCUUGUGCAGCUGUUUUUUCAAAAGGAGUCGGCCCACAAUUGUAUCAGUGAACUUGGACAUCUUGGAUUGGUUCAGUUUAAAGAUCUGAAUCCUGGUGUAAUGGAUUUUCAGAGGCGAUUUGUGAAAGAAGUGAAGAAAUGUGAAGAAAUGGAGAGAAUUCUGAGGUAUCUCGAGAAAGAGAUGGUGAAAUGUAACAUUGUUAUUGCUGCAACGAAGGAAAAGGAGAUGGUCCCCUGUCCCAGAGACGUUCUGGAGCUAGAGUCCACCUUUGAGAAGUUGGAGCAGGAACUGAGAGAGAUCAACUGUAACCAUGAUGCACUUAGGCAGAACCUCACUGAGCUGAUGGACAUUGACUCUCUGCUCAGGAUGACCGAAAACUUCUUUGAGGAGGCUGAGUCUCUGCUGACCUGUUCAGAGCUUCCUUCUGAAGAAUAUGUGUCUAUGACCGUCUCAUCCCGCAUGACCAGCCGCAGAAACAGCAACACCAGCAACACUGGACCUCUAAGUCUAGGAUUUAUUGCAGGUGUUAUCAAGCAAGAAAGGUUUCCUGCUUUUGAAAAGGUUCUUUGGCGUCUUUUUCAUGGAAAUUUCGUCCUCCGACAUGCCGAGAUUCAAGACACUGAAGAACUCCAAGCAGAACAGAGGGGAACUGUGAAGAAGGAUGUGUUCAUUAUAUUUGUCCAGGGAGAUCAAGUGCGAGACAAGAUCAGAAAAGUGUGUGAUGGGUUUCAUGCCAAUUUGUACACUUGCCCAAAAGCCUUGCAUGAACGCAAGGAAAUGAGACGCAAUGUAAUUACACGAAUGGAAGAUCUUCGAAUGAUCCAGAAAAGAACCGUAGAGUAUCGUGCCAGUGUCUUGACCAAAGCAGCAGAUCGCGUCCAAGAGUGGGGCAGUAAAGUGAAGAAGAUGAAGGCCAUUUACUACACACUGAACCUCUGCAACAUAGACAUCACACAGAAGCUGAUAGUAGCAGAGAUCUGGUGUCCUGUUUCAGAUCUCACUGUUGUUCAUAACGCUCUGAUAAAAGGAUCAGAGCAGAGUGGUUCUAGUGUAACACCAGUCCUGAACCGUAUCCAAACCCAACAAACUCCGCCAACCUUCAACAGAACCAACACCUUUACUGAGGGAUUCCAAGCAAUUAUUGACGCCUAUGGAGUCGGUACCUAUCAAGAGAUCAAUCCAGCUCCAUACACUAUUGUGACCUUCCCCUUCCUGUUUGCGGUGAUGUUUGGAGAUUGUGGUCAUGGAUUUGUGAUGACAAUAUUUGCAGUGUGGCUCAUAAACCAGGCUGAAUAUUUAAGAAAGUGGAAAAAUGAGAUUACAGACGUCCUGGUCAGUGGACGCUACAUAAUUCUGCUCAUGGGAAUGUUCUCCAUUUACACUGGCCUGAUAUACAAUGACUGCUUCUCCAAGUCCUUCAACAUUUUUGGCUCUUCCUGGUGUGUUCGACCAAUGUUCCAUCCCCACGGGCCAUGGCACAACAAGUCACUGCAGGAACACCAUCAUCUUCAGCUGGAUCCGGUCAUUUCAGGGGUUUUUUCCGGUGACCCAUAUGUGUUUGGAAUUGACCCGGUUUGGAACAUUGCAUCAAACAAGCUGUCCUUUCUAAACUCCUUCAAAAUGAAGAUGUCUGUCAUAUUGGGAGUCAGUCAUAUGCUCUUUGGAGUGACCCUGAGUUUGGUGAACUAUGUAUAUUUCCAAAACUUCCGGGACAUCGUAUUUCAGUUUGUUCCGCAGCUGAUAUUCAUACUCUCUCUUUUUGGAUAUCUGGUCUUCCUCAUCAUCUACAAAUGGAGCAUCACUCUACAAUCUGACAAGGCUCCAAGCAUUCUGCUGCUCUUCAUCAACAUGAUGCUGUUUGAUUAUCAAUCUCAACAUAAUCUCCUUUAUGGAGGACAGAAAGCCGUGCAGAUUUUCCUGGUUGUUACGGCUGUCCUCAUGGUUCCUGUGCUGCUCCUGGCCAAACCCUUAUUUGUCUACAGGACCCGCAUGAAAACCAGACACCAGGUUUUUGGAAACUCUCUGAAUGAUCAGAGUAGAACAGAUGCACGUUCUUCGUUCUCACAUCAUCAGAGAGAUGAAACGGUAAGCAUGGGUGACAUAUUUGUGUAUCAGGCCAUCCACACAAUCGAGUACUGCCUGGGCUGCAUUUCCAACACAGCCUCGUACCUUCGACUCUGGGCACUGAGUUUGGCUCAUGCAGAGCUGUCAGAGGUGCUUUGGCGGAUGGUUCUACAGGUGGGACUGAAGUUCACCUCUGGGAUGGGCUCUUUCAUGCUUGCACUGCUCUUUGCUGCUUUUGCUCUUCUGACAGUGACUGUUCUUUUGUUGAUGGAGAGCCUUUCUGCUUUUCUGCAUGCUUUACGCUUGCACUGGGUUGAAUUUCAGAACAAGUUUUACGAAGGAACUGGCUACAAGUUCACACCCUUGUCCUUUGGCAGCCUGUUAAAACAAUGAUAGUUAUUGAUUAUUUAUGGCCUACUAACAGUUUAAGUCCUUAUUAUGUUUUAGUGAAUAUACUGUAAGAAUAUAUAUAUUUUUUUUUUAUGUAAAUAAUUAUAUAUAUUUACAUUUUAACAGUGGUGUGUCCAGACUUUUUUGACUGGGGUGGCCCAUGUGGGGCACAGACUCAUUCAAGGGUGGCAUGAAGCAAAAUUCAAAAUCCCUGAUACUAAUAAUAAGAAGAAGAAGAUAUGUAAAUAUUCAGGAAUUUUUAAUAGUCGAAUGUUACUUAACUUAAUAAUUGAUUAAUUGUUAUUAAUAUUGUAAAACACAGAAGACUGUAAUUUAGUAUUUUUCUGUAUAAUUUUAAGUCGUUUCUCUUUAAACUGCAUAAAUGUUAUGGACUCUGCUAAUAUGAACAAAUUAAGAGCAGCGCAUCAUUGAACACACGGUUGUUCUGGGCAGUUUUGGGGAGUUUUGGGGUUGGAGAGAUGACGCUACCGUGCGUUAUGUGAUAAUAUCAAGUAGUUUAUUUUAUUUUGAGACAAUAAAGAAGAUAUUGAAGAUAUUUAUUAAUCCUAUCAAGGGCCUACACAUAAAGAACGUGCAGUGUAUAAUGUGAAUGUGCAUUCAGUUUAAUGUAUCUACUCAAUUUAGCCAAAUAUUGGGACUGCCAAAUGUAAUUUGAUUAUUUCAUUAAUAAGUGCUUUAAAAGCUUAAUUUGAUAAUUUUUUGCAUCUUUUCUUAAGGGAUGUACUAUGAGUUAAGACUGAAUGAAUUACAUUAUGAAAGGAAGUAAAUAUAGGCUAUUUGAACUUUCUGCUAAUAAAAAAUAUAUAAGUGUAUUCAUUUAAUUUUAACUCAAACACAUGAUUAUGAUAAAA